CUCAGGUCGGUGUUCUUGUCCCGCUCCUUCAGCGGUUACAACAAAGCUCGUAAGUCACAACUGUAGCUCGACCAGCCGAAUGAAACCGCCCUCACUAAUUUGAAGAAUGAAUCAUGGGGCAGCGUUACUGUGGAAACGACGUCAGCCCAAUGAAGACGUCAGUUGACUGGUUCAAUAAUCCGCUGCACCUGAAAAACGAGUUUGGUGACUGUGCAUGUAACACUGAACACAGCUAGCUUAACCCCAUGAUGAUGCUCCAGGAUGGGUCAACACAGCUCCUCUGCCUCACAGCCAGCAGCGGGGUUCCUCUUUUUACAAGAGGAGCCUCCAAACAGCUGCCCUUCUCUGUCAUCGGCUCCCUGAAUGGUGUUCACAUGUUCGGAGGUGGUCAGGGAGUAGUGUUGUCCUGCUGUGAGACUGAAGGCGGGGGUAAGGUGGUGUGGAGAGUUUUCCAGGACAGUGUCAUGCUCAUAGCUGUGAGUGGAGGUGGACAAGGUGGUGCAUGCAGCAGCAAAGAGGAGGAGGUCCGUUUACAACGCCUCCUGGAGAAUGUGUGGAACUGCAUGGUGCUGGUGUUGGGGCAGGAUGAGCUGGCCAGUAUCAGGAAUGUUGAGAGGCUGAAGAGGGACUUGCGGUCCUGCUUCAGCCUCAUUGAUCAGCUGUUGGAGGAGAGGCAAGAGGGCAUUCUGGGUAACCUGACACACUGUGCUGAUUCACUGCUGCCCCCAAAUCCCACUCUUCUUCAAGGGGCCAUAGAUGGCUUCGCUCAGGCUGCAGACAGUGAGUUUGGCUGCCUCAUCGUUCAUGGGCGGAUAGCUGCAGCCACUGAGAAGUGGUGGCGCCUAGCACCGCAGGAAGUUGUGCUGCUCUCUGCUUUAAUGCGGUCCCUCUCGGCAUCUGGAUCAGCCUCUUGUGAUUACCCAAUUUUCCUUCCUCAGGGCAGCCCUACCGUGGCCCACCGCCUGCUCCGCUUCCAGCUGCUUCCUGGGGCAGAUGUGUGCGUGCUGUGCGGCCCUACUCCUUCCCUGCACAGAGCCGAGAGUGGGCUGGUGGGUCGUUUCUGGACACCCCUGGUGGAGACCCUGAGAGGUUGCCUGGCUGUUGGAGAGCGCUGCUUACCAGGAUCUGUAUCCCUACGCCCAGAUGUGCUGGCACUUCUUCUCAUCAACCGUGAAACACGUCGCUCAGUCUCCUGUGUGCGGACUUCCACUAAUCAUCCGCCUGGUGGCCCUCGAUUACCCUCUAAGGCCCGCUGCUGGGAGCUACUGAAGCUCUUCUACAUCUUCAGCACGACACGCUACUUCACCCAGGAGGAGACUUUGUGUGCCUCCCCAGAGGAGAGGGCUCCAAGAGGCAACACUGAAGACUUUGUCCUUGGAUUCUCCCACCAGCCGCUACAUAGCUAUCUAGUUACAGAAGAGUGCAAAAGCUAUGGACUUCAGACACCACAGCACCAGCUCUUCCUGCUUGUCCCACUGUCAGUGCCCACCUUUGCACUGCGUACGGUGGCCACACAGACUCUCUCUGAUAUAGUUGCAGUCACUGGGUUUUAAUAGAACAAUUUACUUUGUUCUUUAUUGAUGACUGCAACCAGAUACAAUUACAUGUUAGUUUCCAUCUGUCCACCUUUUGUAAAGACAACGAUAGCAGACCACUGGGACAAUAUGUACAGUAGAAAAGGAUAUCACUGUUAACUACUGCUCAAGAAUAUAAAACUGACAAAACAAGUGAAAACAUCAUACCAAAGUGAAAUGCUUUGAGCUCUGUUUUGCAUUCAAGAUUCACAAUUGUGUCUAACUUCAUUGGCUUCAAGGCUGUCCCUUUCACAGUAAUGAAAGCUGAUUUAACGUACUGAAUACUAACAUUAUCACUAGGAUUGCACUGUAUUUCAAAAUGCAUUAGAGAAUCAUGUAAACUGUUACACUGGGAUAAAUAAGUGCCUGCUGUUGUUUUGACUUGUUGAAUAAUUUGGCAAAAAAAAGAGAUUAAAUUAUUUGUUCGCACUAGUUUUAAUCCUAAAUAUAGUUGCUUUCUGCAGGUCUUUGUAUCAUUGAGUGGUUUAUUCACAUUUUUCCUUCCGCUAACGUCAUAAUGAUAAUGUUUGCGCUAUUUUGGUUUAACGUUUUAUUGCAAAACUUAACAACUGUUCAACUGCAAAUAAGACCUAUAAACCACUUGCCAAAAGAGCAAGUAGUAGUAUUUUAAUUUAAACUGCUCACCAGUGAAAGCUAGUAACAUUUUUUGUUUUUUUUCUUGACAACUAUGAGGCACAGAAAGUGGACACUAUUGGGUUUAAUAAGUGUAUUCAACUUUAAGAAAGGAAAAAAAAGCCUAAAAUCGUCUGUCGGGAAUUAUGUUCUAUAACUCAUACUUGUGCAAAAAACAAUCUUUUCUUUCUGUGAAUUAGAAAAACUGUCUGUGUUCCACACGACAUAAUGCUAUAAUAAUAGUGGCAGUGACUAUCGACAAAACACACACACCAUUAUUGAAUGAAUACUUUGUGUCAUGGUAA